UGCUAUGCUCCGUAGUGUAUACAGGGUGCGAAGAGCAGAUUGGUAGCCCGCUAGGAUGAUCUACCUAUAAUAGAACGGGUAAAUGUGGUCAUGUUGCAGUCGCUGGCACUGAGUUCGAGGAGUACUGGCUGGAAUACCUGCUUUUCAUGUGGCGCCCUGGAGAAGCGCAACACUGAAAAUACUUAAGCCGCCUGAGGCACACUGCUCACCCCCCCAAACAAAAAUGGGGUCUCGGUCUGUGAGCCUAAGGUGAAGUCUCUCUUAUCUAAUGGCAAAUUUCGCGAAUUACCAAGAAGGCAAAGCCGCUAUGUUUAUGCUGGAAACGCAACAGAGGGCUCUCGGGACUAUUCCUGCCGCAGCUGCGACGGAGAACGGCGAGGAACCCCCUUCCGUACUAAAUGGUUUUCAUCAACAACGGUCACUGCCCUCUGAUCAACAGCCGAGUGAAGCACAUCAACAGCAGCAACAGUAUCACUACCGGCAAAACGCUGCCCACGAAAACAACCUGGAAUCACCGGCGAGGAAGGGAUCCACGUCCUCCCUUAACCGGGCACAUGAGGACUCAGCCGCUACUGCGAGCAACAUACACGCUACCUCAGCUUACCCUGCUGUGAAUGCCAGUUCCGCGGUCGCGGACGACAUCAAAAAGUGCGGAUACCUGAGAAAGCAGAAACACGGACAUAAGCGGUUUUUCGUCUUGCGGGCGUCGAGUCAUUUGGGGCCAAGCAGACUGGAAUACUAUGACAGUGAGAAGAAAUUUCGUAACACGCUCCGCUCGAGCGCCGCCGGCUCUACUGCAGCCUCAUCUGGCGGGGCUGCGGUGACCGCCUCUCAUCCGAAAAGGGUGAUCUAUCUCUAUCAGUGCUUCACUGUCAAUAAGAGGGCUGAUUCUAAGAAUAAACAUCUCAUUGCUCUUUAUACAAAGGAUGAAUACUUCGCGAUUGUUGCCGAGAAUGAACAGGAGCAGGAGGAGUGGUACCAGGCGCUCAGCGAGCUCAUGAGUGAAGGCAAGAGAGGCCACAUGGACGCAGAGGAGACCGAUGACGGCUAUGGUACUGUAACUCCUGGCACUGACUUUAAAGAAGUGUGGCAGGUAAAUGUUAAACCAAAGGGCUUGGGCCAGACUAAGAAUCUAACCGGCGUAUAUAGGCUCUGUCUGUCUGCUAAGAGCGUACAUCUGAUGAAGCUGAACUCUGAUACACCUUGUGUGAACUUGCAGCUUAUGAACAUAAGGCGCUGUGGCCAUUCUGAGAGCUUCUUUUUCAUAGAGGUCGGCCGCUCCUCUUCUAUAGGACCUGGGGAGCUGUGGAUGCAAGUGGACGAUUCUGUGGUGGCUCAAAACAUGCACGAAACCAUUCUGGAGACCAUGAAGGCGCUCAAGGCUUUUGCCGAGUUCAGACCGAGAAGCAAAAGCCAGUCGUCUGGCUCCAACUCAAUGGGUUUUAUCACCACAAGGCGACACCUCGGCAACCUACCUCCCAGUCAGACCGGGCUCCAGCGGCGGUCUCGGACCGAGUCUGUGGUGGGCACUCCACCCAGCAGGAAGAGCAUUGGGGCAAAUGGGUACAGAUUCCGCACCUCCAGUGAGGGAGAAUGCACCAUGAACCGCCCAUUUUGCUCUGUGACAGGUAGCCUUAUUCAUCUCAACACAGCCCGUGCCAACCUGAGCCGUCAGGAAAAUAGCAGUGGGGGUGGCGCACGCUACAUACGUGCCCCGCCGGGCUCCACCUAUCAUGCCCGCUCUGCCUCACUGCCAGUCUCGCACUUUCCCUCGACCACCAGCCCAGUCAGUAUGUCAAGCAGCAGUGGGCAUGGCUCUGUGACCGACACCAUCACUCGCCCCUCCAGCACAUCCGUUUGUGGAUCACCGAGUGAUGGAGGUUUCAACUCCUCCGAUGAGUAUGGCUCUAGCCCUGGAGACUUUCGCUACUUCAGAGUACGCAGCAACACCCCUGAGUCCCUAGGAAACACGCCACCCAUCCGCGAGGAGCACUGCCUCAGUGACUACAUGGCUAUGGGAUUUAAUCGUGAUGUGUUCGGGACAAGCGCAGCUGAGGCAACCCGUGAUGAAAGUGCUGACGAAGAUUCACGACCGGGGUCAUUAAGAAAGCGGACACCCUCCUUCUCCAGGCAGGUUGGGGGCGCUAGUGCUGCUGGAGUAACUGUUUAUCAGAAGAUGACACAGACCACCUUCUCGCUGGACGAGGCUGUGGUUGAGAGUAGCUCCUGGAGUGCCAGUGCACAGACCAUCUCUACAUCCUCCUCCCUCUGCUCUGACUACAGCUCCAGUUCUGAACAUAGCCAAGACCGGUUUCCUAGCUUACGGCCUGCAGACGCCCUUAAAGAUGAUGGCUACAUGCCCAUGAUGGCAGGUGUGCUGCCCUCCACCAGUGAUGCAGACUACAUGCCUAUGCAACCCAAUAUCCAUCUCUCUGGCUCUCCACAAGUCCACAGUGCUGCUUUACCUGUUCCCCAUCACAUGGACUCUCAAGGCUAUAUGAUGAUGCUCCCUGGUAGGAGUGGGUCUACUGACUCCCCUGCCCCAUCCAGCCCUGACUUUAGCAGAAGUGGAGAUGGGCGGAGAGCCUCAAAUCGCCUUACGAAUGCAGAAUACAUGGACAUGGCUCAGAACACCACCACACCUAAUGCUCAAAAGGUUUCUAAUGAGAAUUACUAUGCCUUGACCACUCCUGUGAUCCCCAAGUCCCACAGUCCAUAUUUCUCCCUCCCUCGCUCAUACAAAGCUCCAUCCAGAGACCAGCCUGAACACGACGAGUAUGUUCUCAUGAGUUCCCCAGUGAAAUCAGUCUGCACAACAGAUCGUAGUAGCAGGUGCCCACCUUCUGAAUCCACACAUCAUAAUGGCUGCACAGACCGCCGUGCAGUUCGUCCGAACCGCCUACCGCUGGGAAGGCGGAGCUUGCAUGGCUCUUUGCGAACAGGUGAAACAGCAAUGCGCCCUUCCAGCCCUGGAGAGUACAUCAAUAUUGAAUUUGGGGAUCGGCCCAACUAUCCUGUAUUCCCAUUGUCUGCUGAAGGCCCAGUCUCAACCCUCAAUAUCAGCAGGGAACAACGUAAGUCCCCACUGCCACAGGACUACAUGAUUGUCGAGGUGGGCAGUGUUCCACCAAAGAGUCGGUCCCCAAGGCCCUCUCUGGUGGCCCCCUGGAAUCCUCCUUCAUACAUCCGGCCCUCCUCAUCCUCCCACUGCAGCGAACUCGCUAUUGGUAAACCUGACGACUACACAGAAAUGUCCUUUGCAGCUGGGGAGGAGUCCAAGAGUCCUACAGACAUGCUUGAGCGUCUGUGUAUCCUGGAACGACAGUUUUUCCCUUUCACUCCGCAGACAGAGCCCAAGGUUGUCCGUGCUGAUCCUCAAGGCAGGCGGAGACACAGCUCAGAGACCUUUGUGACAUCAUCAGGAGCAUCAGGUGGAAGCAGUCAAGAUGCCAAAGGCACAGUGCCUAGCAGCAGUCAGCAGGUGGGGUGCAGUAAGAACUCUGUGUCUUUUGACAGCGUUUGUACAGACAGUGUGACAUCUAGCAGUGAGGUGACACCAGGAACCUCCUCAGAAAGAGCCAAUUCCCCCUCUUGGAGGCCUGGAAGUACUUUACCUGCAGAACACCAAAAUGGCCUAAACUAUAUCUCCCUAGACCUGAGAGAUGACCUCCAGCAUGGGAACAUGCGCGGUCAUGAUGCAGUUUCCUUGCCAUCCUCAAGUGCUCCUUCUCCAGAGAACGGUGCCUAUGCCAGUAUAGAUUUAAUCAAAUCUGAGGAGCUUACAUCAGCAUCUAAAGACUGAGGACAGUCCAAUCAAGUUCGUGGAGAGAUGCCGGAUGGCGUGAUAGCACAUGACCCUGCGGUACAACACAAGGAUCCUGAGUUUUCUUUUUAUUGAAUUUAUUUUUUUAUUGUUCAGUGUGCUGUCUCAGAGCUGACAUAUACGAUCUGUCCUGUAUGAGAUCAGUGCUUUAUUGUGAUUUGUAUCACAAUAUUUUAUUUGCUGCAUAAAAAGGGAGGUCAGAAAGCUACCAUAAUCCAUGAGUCUGGUUCGGGCAGGUGCAUGCUGUUAACAAGCAUCACUAACCUCUACAAACUGUAUUUAUUUCUCAUAAAGAUUUCAGGUGCAAUUACGGAUAUUAGUGUUUGUGUUUACGUUUUGCUUUGUCAAAGAAAGCAUAUAUUGAUGUGGUACAGACUACAGAGGGGUUGUAUCUGUAAGGAAGUAGUGUCUCUAUUAAUGUCUUGCACAUCUUACAUUUUGGACCGCAGACACCUCCUUUGAGUACUAUCAACACUGUUUCUCAGUCUGUGUCUGUGUCAGGACAAUUGCAUCCUGCUUACCCUGUGCUGGGCCCAGGUAUGUUUUCAGUGCCUUCUUGGCAUAUGGCUUAGUCCAAACAUAGGCCUUUCAUCUCUCUUCCCUUACUAAUUUUUGACCAUCGUCUUCUCUUUGCCAAGUGCACUGGAGAGACAGAUAGAGAGGAAGAGGUGGGGGGGUGCAGAAAAAGAGGUAGGGUCUAUUUUGGGUCUACCCAAGAUGCCAGAUGAUAUCUUCUACUGUUGCUAAAACGCCACCAGGAUGAGCACAGCAUAAUCCAAAUAAAUAUAAAUAUUGAAAUCUCUAGUUACUUAUUUGGUACCUACAAGACACUGUAAUAGAGGUCAGCCUGUCUGCAACCCUAUGUGAACAAAUAGCACAAUACGCAGGUACAAAAAUCUCAAUUCUGUCUUUAUAAUAUUAUUUAUUUUGUGUAUGCUUUUGGCAAGACUGAAGGUUCAACUUUUUUUUUAAUCAUCAAUCCAUUUAAAUGAUACCUUUUAGGUUUAUACUCUUUUAAAGAUUGACACAACAUUUCAUUUCUAUAUUUAUAAUUGAUUAUAUUUAAAUUUUUUAUUACUAUCCAAUUGGCUGUUUAUUUCUUUACCUCUCUCCUCUCAGUAUUGUGCUCUCUGCAUGUCACGCUUUGAUCAGGCUAUUCUUACAAAUCAUGCAGAGAGCUCUUAACUGUGGCUGCCACUGUGUGGUCAGCAGCAGUGUUUUCUGCAUUAAAAAAAUGUUGCGGAAGAGAGGGAACAAUGGAGUGAAAUGCACACUACUUAAUCUGCAUCUUUUGGUUGAAUUGACAGAAAGUUUGUUUUUGUAUUUCCCCAUCAAAUGUGAAAAACAUAAUAGCCACAAAUACAAUAUCUGGUAUGGUCGUCAUUGUUAUACUGUCAAUGGCAUGAAAGUAAACUUUGUGUUCUGCAUUUCAAAAGUGAUCAGCAUGUCUGUUUAAACCAUUCCUCAUGGAAUUACCAAAGGAAUGUCUUAACUAGCACAGAUUAUUACAGUCCAGCUGUGCUUCUGUGGAAACAUGGUUUUACCAAACAUCCAAACUAUAUUUUAGACCUAAAAUUGCCUCUACAUAAUGAAAAUGUGUGUUAUUUUUUUUUUUUUUACUGUGAGAUUAACCUCUAAAAAUACUUUUACACAAAAACAAAUUCCUGUCAAAUGCAAAAGAAGCUUUAAAUUAGGUAAGUUUUAAUGAACUCCAUUUAAAUGUAUUUGAUAUCAGCCUUUUGCUAAUGUAUGUGAUUAAGCUGGCUGCUGUUUUGCCAUGAAUUUUGAGUAACCAUCUUUAUUCAUUUAAAUUUCUAUUUGGAACGUGAUUUAAGUGAUUACAUAGGACAGAUGUGCAGUGGUACGACAUUAAUGUGUUUUCCCCUUUUUAUAUUUUUUAAAAGUUGGCUAAUCUUUUUGAAAGGCAGUUUAGCUUACUCCAUUUUAAAAUCAAAGAGACGGGACGUUGGGACCUACCCUUGCCUGUGUUGUCUUUUUGUAAUGUUGUCAAACCUCUGACUAACGUUUUGGUACACUUGCAUUCUGUUUGCUGUUGUUUUUCAAGUCCAAGCUUGAUGGCACAGUUCAGAUGUUGAGGUCAGCCUUUCAGAUAAACUGAGAGAAAAUAUAAAAAACAUAUUUUUAUGGCUAUGUCCAUGUGUACAUACUGAUGCUUUAAUCCUGCAUUUGAUUUGACAUUUGCUUUUUCCUCUGGUGGGGAAAAAAGAAAGUGAUGGCAGGUAAAUCAUUUGAGCAUUGCUUAGUGUUUGCAUUUAUCAUUUUUUGCUUUCAAUAGAGCUAUUGCAAUAAAAAAAAUUUUCCUAUAACAAUUUGCUGUCCAGUUUGUUCUCACUUGUCUGUGAGCGAAUAAGAGAUGGAUGUCUCAUCGUUUGCAUUCACCCAUGUUGAACUUUGUUUGCCUCCGAGAACAGAUCUAGGGCAAUAACAUAAGUGUUAUAAAUGUACUUUUUCCAUUAAGGGGCAAUAUUUACUUUCUGUAAUUGAUUUGCAUUUUUGCUUUACAGUGCAUAUGUUUUCUAACCAUAAAAAACAGCAUGUUGUCCAUUUAUGUCAAAUAAUACAAUUGAAUCAGUUAUUUUUUCAUUCUCAAUCUAAAAAACUAUGACAUUUACUUUAAAAUCACUGUAAACCGAGAGGGAUACACAACAAGGACAUUUUAAUGGAGGGAUAUGAAAAGCAAAAUGUAAUAUGUUAUGAAAUAAGUAAAUAUAAUUAUCACACAGACCUUGGCAUUGCCAAACCAUGUCUUUCCAUUAUUCUCAAGUUGUGUCUUGUAAUAUUAAAUCAGAUCAAGCUAAUUUUCUGAUACAUGAACAUAUGUCCCAGGAGUACUUUUGACACUGAAAUUGUAUUGAG